CCAAAUCGAACUGACAAGUUGGGGAAACGUUUCACUUGUCAACACUUUCAAUGACAACUUCGUAUUAACUGGUACCCACCGUUGCAUGUAGCUCUUAUUUCAUGAAACAGACUUUUACUUUAUAAAAUGGUUGUAACAUUUGAUUCUUCAUCGAUGAUAACACGUUAAAAAGAUGGAAAUCGUGGUUGCUGUUGCAAUAGGUGUCCUGACAACAGUGUUCGUCGGGUCACUGGUUGUACUGAUUGUGGUUCUCAAGCACAAAUACUGUCGCAAGAAGGACUUGAUCAGCGCCAUGCAGCAGGAGACAAGGCCAGAUGUUCAGCUUGUUGGGGCGAUGGAGGUCGUACCAGAUGGCGAGGUGGAGAUGGAUGAUGUUCGUAUCACACCGCCUCAGUGGGAGGAGAUAUUGAAGGAUGAAAACUGGGUUGAUGAUGCCACGGGAAUUGUUCCGCACUGCAUCGACAUUCUCAAGAUCUGCCACCUCCUGACCGAGAAGCUGGUCGCCAUCACGAUGCGCCAGUCCAGCCAGCUACGCUCACCGGAGACGCUCAUCAACAUCAUUGAGGUGGCCAAGCGCAUCAGUCCUCGUGUUGAUGACGUGGUUAUUUCUAUGUACCCACCUAUGGAUCCGAAAUUACUCGAGGCCAGGUGUACUGCUUUGGUGUUGUCAGUGAGCCACCUUGCCCUGGUCACCAAGAAUGCUUGCCAACUAUCUGGUGUGACUGAUUGGAUUGAUAAAUCUCUGGCUGAUGUUGAGGGACACUUAAAGUUUCUGCGGGAAGCUCGUGUGAGACAUGAUGCAGAUGUGUGGACGGCACCAUCCUCGGGAGGAGACGGGCAGCAGUCACCCGGUGAUAGACAAGAUGUCAUGGACAUCAGAAUGUGAAAAUCAAUUUCCAUUUUAGGCAGUGCAAGUGACCUGCAAAAACAAUGUUCUUCAUCGAAAACUUUUGUUCUGGAAUGAUAUUUUUGGUGUGUCCAGGAUUUCAUUAUUCCCAAGCAUGUGUCAACGGUUCAAAAGCGUUGGUGCAUUCUGCAGAGAAAACGCGGUCGAAAUCAAGAGAAAAUACAUAAUUAGUGCUUCUUAGUUUUAUAGCAGUAUCUGAGGGGCCUUUCAUUUAGUACUUGCCCAACAAGGAAGGGGCAUUUGUCAAGAUGAGGUCUACUUUGUGUGCAGGUUCAGGUGUGAGUGUUUUGGGAUGAAAAUACGACAUGAACUUCUUGUUGUCCAUAACAUGACACUAAGUAUGAAAGAGAUGAGAAGUUUGUGUUAAUACAAGUUAAUUGAUUUAUGAGGUCAUAAAAUCACACUUGUGCAAAAACAAGUCGAAUCAUGUUGUAUCAUGCAGCAUCGCAACAUCAUCUGUGCCAUUGACAACUGGUGAUCAUUCCGCACACAUACCCAGUAGGUGGUCUUGGCUCACGAAGGGCGGGGAGUUCUGAAAAUUGUGUUUGUGUACUAAAUGAACGACCCCUCAGCUUAGAAUGGGAGAUGGUUUGGCCAGAUAGCAGAGGGGGAAAGACAAGUAAAUGCAGACACUUAACUGUUACCUUUUUGCUCCAAGCUGCAAGAUCUUGAUAGAAAAUAUGAAAUAUGUUUGGAAACUAUGAAAGCAUUUGGGCUUGCUGGCUACUUUAGACCCCCCUGCUUGCUUUGUACAUAAUUUUUUAAGAACUCCUUUUGGGAAAGACUGACAGAAGUCAAAACCAGACCGAGUUAGGAAUGAAUUAAUAAGUAAUAGUUUGUUCAUUGGAGCCCAAGUUACAAUACUGUUAAUGUAGAAAUAGUGUGCAAAAGAUUAUUUGUAUAAAGUUUAUUUUUUUGUAGUGACAGCUGAUCAUAUCAAAGUGUUUAUUUUUAUACAAAAUGUUUAUCAAAAAAUGAGAUUCGAAGAUAGAAUUUAAUUUCACAAGUAAAAGUUUAGUUUUGAUACAUUGUGUCAGAGAAAUACUCAAUCAUUGCCAUAUUCAAUAUUUUUAAUUGUUAUCUAAUGGGGAUGCUAGAUUGAGAUUGAAUUUAUAAAUGUAUGCAAAAUUGGUUUACUCAACUGAAUGUGAAUGUCUUUUGACAGUAUAAUGUCUUCCAUGGAUUUGAUACCGGUAUGAAUGUUUUCAAAUACUCAGGUGUUAGGAGUAUUCUGAUGGCUAUCAAGACUAUAUUGUAGUUCCAUUAUUAUUGUAUAUGUAUAUUUAUACUUAUGGUGUUGAUGGAAUUAGUCGAUUGUUCUUUUCAGAUGCAUCAAGAAACCAACCCAAUGUAAUAAUAACUCUCUCAUACAUGUAGCUCCUCGUUGACCUAUAAAUCCUAAAAAAAUCUGUAAAUCUGUAAACCUGUAAAUCUGUAAAUUUUUCUAAAAUAAAAUCUGUCAUCAA